AUGAGUGGCAGACGGUUGAAUAUGAAAACCUCCCUGAGGUCUGUUUCAGGUGUGGAAAGAUUGGCCAUGAAGCGGGAACAUGUCCGUCUAUUAAACCGGUUGUAG